UCCAUGGUUUUAAUCACAAAGUCACAAGUUACCGGCAGAGUGAGUUGAGGAGAGGGCAGCAGGUAUCAUAUCAUGUCAGGUAACAUAUAGGCACAAAGGAAAUAUGGCGAGAAGCAGAUCAGACCCCAGUGAAGGAAAAGUGGAAGAUUGUAUUUUCUGUUUGAUAGCCAACAACCAAGACAAAGAAGCUGAAGUUGUUAAAAAGAAUAAGGAGCUGGUGUGUUUCAGGGACAUCGACCCUGCUGCUCCUCACCACUACCUGGUUAUACCCAUACACCACAUACACAGCUGCCUCUCCUUGCAAAGGGAUCACAUUGGCCUCGUUGAAAGGAUGGCUGAAAUGGGGAAAGCUGUACUACGUGAACAAGGGAUCACUGAUAUGAUGGACAUAAGGCUGGGGUUCCACAAACCGCCCUACAUUUCAGUAGAUCACCUACAUCUCCAUGUGCUCGCCCCCAGCAGCCAAAUCUCUAACUACAUGAUUUAUAAAUUCAUUCCAGGGACCUCAAGUUUUAUUACUGAAGAACGUCUCCGAAAAAGGCUAAAAGAUAAUGCUCCACCAGUUCAGUUUUUCAACAGCUGUCUGUCAUGUCUGUGAGCCAGAAGGUCCCAAACUGGACUUUGGAUUACUCAGAUGAGUUGGCGAAGCAGAAUCAGCCACAAUGAAAGACAAAUACAGAACAUCAUCAGGAAACUAACACAUGCGACACAAAUCAAGAGCAAACAAGUUGUGAAAUGAAUUAUGCUUGUAUGAUAUUUUUAUGAUGUUGAUAUUAUGAUGAUAUAAGAGGUCAGUGAAUUGAGACCAUUGACCAGCGUGGCGCAAUGUGUGAUCACUUGUUGAGAUGCAUUGGAUUUUUUUUAAAAUGAAAUUAUUUACUAAAAAGAGUUUUUUACCUGC